AUGCCACAAAAGACAUUAGUAACACAUAUUUCUCACCAGAAUUUGGACACAGUGCAAAGAGGAACAGAAGAAUGGAAUCUUUUAGAACAUUAUCUACAGGUUUGCUGUAGAUCAUCUAGAUCUCUUAUUCAGCAGAUUUGGCAUGUUAAUAUUGGGAGUAUUUCAACAGCUUUUGACAGAAGAACUCAGGAUAAGUUGGUAUUGUAUUGUUGGGUGGAUACAAAUGAUCUUGAUCAAAAUAAUUCAAUUCAAGAUGUAUCUAGGAGAGGGUUUAAAAUCCCUUCAAGUGGGAUGAAGUUCACUUCAGGUAAUAUUAGACUUCCAGGGGUACCACAAGCUUCAUAUAAUAAAGGAAUUACGGGAAGUAAUGCUCAUUUUCAAGAAAUCAAUAUUGGUAAUAGAUCUAAUAAAUUUGAGGCAGAUUACACUCCAGCAACAAGAAGAUUAUUUGAGUUUUUUUUAUGUAAAGUAGGGGUUGGGUGCUCAGUAGUAAAGAAUGAUGAGAGCGAGGCAGAUGGUGAUAGAUUUCCAAUACCUCCAGAGUAUGAUACUGUUUUUCUAAGAAACAAACAAAUUAAUCCUCCUUCAAUGGUGAAUUCGAAAGUAGCAAUGGAUAGUGAAUUAAAGGCAAAUGAAUUUAAUUUAUCAUCAGCACUAGCAUUAUCAGCAGGUGUAUUACCACAACAUACUUUUAAGCAUGAAUACAUAAUAUAUGAUAGUUUUCAGGUAGUGCCGGAAUACUUGAUACAAUUUGAGUAUGAUUCUUCAUCACCAGAGCUAUUUGCAGUACCUUGGUGUGAUGAAUGCCAAGAUUCUCCAGCAAUAUUAUGGUGUCAGGCUGAUACUGCAAGACUUUGUGAUUCAUGCGAUGAAAGAACUCAUAGACAUAAUAAACUAGUAACAAGACAUAUUAGAAUUCCAAUAAAUCAGAUGCCAAGAAGUUCAGGAAAUUGUCCUGUUCAUACUAUGGAUAGUUUGGAGGAAUUCUGUACAUUGUGCCAUGUACCAAUGUGUAGAUUAUGUAGGCCAUCUCAUACACAUGCAGAUGAAAAAACUCCUUCUAUGAUUAUGCCAAUAAGCAGAGCAUAUAGAGCACAAUUAGAGCGACAUAACAAGCCCCAUCCAUGUUUGAAGAUAAGAAAGAUGGAAUUAUUAGAGAAGCUUGAAUCUCAACAACUUAUUUUCAAUGAUAUUCGAGCCAAUAUGUUUGAAGUAGAACAAAGAAUUUACUCAAUUUUAGAAAGCUCAAUUACCCAACUACAAAUUGCUACAGAAUCAAAAAUGAAUAAAAUUUUAUGUGAGCAGCUUAUUUUAAAUCAACUUUUACAACAAGUUGAAUGGUCUGAAGGAUUUCUUCAAUACUUACAAUCCAUUCUCCCGCCAGCAGAUUUCUUAUUUGCAUGGCUUAAGCAUUGUCACUAUAGGGAAGAAGUUUUUCAACUUUGUGAUAUUUUAACUAGUAAUGAACAAUUUUUCCCAGAUUCAAGGCUUGUUGGUAGAGUUGACAUUCUCUCGGAAUCCGCACUAAAACAUAAUAAACAUCAUAAACAUGCAAAAAGCGACUUAUUUGCUUCAAAUGAAAUAAAUCUAGCCAAAUAG